GGAGAGAGAAACGAAAGCUGGAAAAACAACUAGUUCCCAUUAAUAACCGAUGAGUCUAUCAUUAUUAAUUAGAACGUUGAAGCCGAUCAGAACUUUCCUCAACCUCCGUAUCUUUGUCUUCCUCUCCUGGGUCCAUAGUUAAGAUUCCUUCCUUUCCUUCGUCUGUGUUUUCUGGAAAGUGGCAAAAAGAAUUUGGCAUUCAUGACGGGAGAUUGCCUGAGAGCUCCUCUUCUGGAAUCGGAACAACGCCACGCAUCCGACGAAGCCGAAGUGGUAGUGAACAUCAACGGAUUCCAUCGACCCCUCAUUCAAAGCUUCUCUAAUCUUAGCAAACAGGUGAAGGGCACGGAGGAUCAGAAUCCUUUCGAUGAAAUAGGCGCCGGAAGUUUCUCCAUUCCGCCGCAAUCGACGAUCGAUCCGUUUCGGAACAACACCCCUAACAUCGAAGGGCUAUAUGAAUGGCUGAAGAUUUUGGUUUGCAUUCCAAUUGUAAUUCUUCGUUUAAUCUUGUUUGGGCUAUGCAUUGCGGUGGGGUAUGUCGCUACCAAAUGUGCUCUACAGGGUUGGAAGGACAAGCAGAAUCCCAUGCCCAGGUGGAGGUGUAGGAUCAUGUGGAUCACUCGAAUGUGUUCUCGUUGCAUUCUUUUCUCUUUCGGGUAUCACUGGAUAAAGAGAAUAGGAAGACCUGCUCCAAGGGAGACAGCUCCUAUUGUUGUAUCUAACCAUGUAUCAUACAUUGAACCCAUUUUCUUUUUCUAUGAAUUAUCUCCAACCAUUGUUUCUUCUGAGUCACAUGAUGCGAUGCCUUUUGUCGGAACAAUCAUCAGAGCAAUGCAGGUUAUUUAUGUUAACAGGUUUUCAGCAUCAUCGAGGACGCAUGCUGUUAGUGAAAUAAAGCGGAAAGCUUCAUGCGAUGACUUUCCUCAAGUUCUAUUGUUUCCUGAGGGUACCACAACUAACGGGAGGGUCCUUAUUGCUUUCCAACUUGGUGCAUUCAUUCCUGGUUAUCCAAUCCAGCCAGUAGUUGUUCGCUAUCCACAUGUGCACUUUGAUCAGUCUUGGGGGAAUAUUUCUUUGGCAAAGAGCAUGUUCAGAAUGUUCACCCAAUUUCACAAUUUCGUGGAGAUUGAAUACCUUCCCAUUAUUUCACCUCUUCAGAACCAAAAAGACAAUGCUGCCCAUUUUGCUGAAAGGACCAGCUACACUAUGGCAAGUGCCCUCAAUGUUGUACAAACAUCUCAUUCUUAUUUGGAUUCGCUGCUUCUAACAAAAGCCUUGGAGUCAAAACAGGAGAAUGCUUCAAAUUAUAUGGUGGAAAUAUCUAAGUCAUUUAACAUAAGCACAUUAGAAGCUGUGGAUUUUCUAGAUACGUUCCUUUCUAUGAAUCCAGACCCUAGUGGGCGUGUCAAAAUCCAUGACUUCUUGAGGGUUCUGAGGCUGAGAGCAAGUCCUUUUUCUGAGAAGAUCUUUGGAUAUCUGGAUGUGGAAAAACAGGGAUCGGUUACAUUUAGGCAGUUCUUUUUUGGAUCAGUGCAUAUUCUAAAACAGCCAUUAUUCUUUCAAGCCUGUGAAUCAGCUUUCACUGAAUGUGAUGGCGGAGGCUCUAAAUAUGUAUCACAACAACAGUUACGAGAUUCACUUAAAAUAGCACUGCCAGGUCUGAGUGAAGAAGAGGUUGAAGAAUUGUUCAAUAUAUUUGAUAUUGAUGGUGAUGGAAUGGUUAGCAAAGAUGAUUUCAUGAGCUGCUUAAGAAGAAACCCACUGCUAAUAGCCCUUUUCUGUCAUGGUCCAGCAUUCAAGAGCUUAUUACGGAAAGAAGGGAACCUGGAGGUCAUGUGACAGUUGUGGCGAUAGCUUAAUCUUAAAGGUGGUCAGAGGUGUUUGUUAUUAGCCCCCUUUUCUGUUACCUUGGGGCAGGAAUUGGGAUGGUUUUGUUUCGUAGGCUGCUGGAUCAGAUAUAGCUCUAUGAAAUUCUCGAGUGAUCGCCAAAUAGGAGUUUCUCGUGUAGACCCACCCCUCCCAACCCUUUUUUUUUUUUUUUUUU